CAUAACCAAUUGUGUCCAGUGCCUUUAAGUUUACCAAAUUUUAAUGGGUCAAACCAGCAAAAAGUCUAUAGUAUUUCAGUAACGGUAAUCGAUUGGUUGCGCCCGUGUAUACCUCAAAUAAUUUUGAGUAUUAAUACCAAAAGUGUCCAGUACCUUUAAGUUACAAAUCUUGAAGCAAACCAGCAAAGGUUGAAACUGUUAAUGGGGUGCGCCUGUGUGCUGAACGUUCCACUUCAACUGUUGAAAACAAAACAACCCGUUCAGUCUGGAUGGCGCAACUCUCUGACCUAACUAUGCAAAAAGAACUGGCACACAAAUACACACAAUAAUUGUUAUGCACACGCACAACAGACACGUUACUAUAGUAUAGUUUGUUAUGGAAGUCUAGGCGUUUGGCCUUCAGGAGUGUGCUAUUCCAGUACAAUAACUUGUGAUGAAAUUGACACUGUGACCUCCAUGCACAUGUCAUCCGGAACGACUCGCACAUUGACUCCCGUAGAUGGUAAAUGCCUGCCGCCUAAAUUGAAUGUACAUAUCAAACACAACAAUUUAACGUAACUGGUGCUACGUGUGUUAUGUGUGGCUGGUUGGCUUUGGUGCUUCUGUAUACAACGUUGUCUGUGUAGAGAAAGUUUGUGAUUUAUAUCUACGAUGUUUCCGUGGUUCGUCCCGAUCGCUAUCGGCUCUGCUGCCGGUUUUCAGUGUUUCAACUCGGCGUUGGAUGUGUUGCCGAUCUCCCCACCCCCGGGGAAGUACUCGGGAAAAGAUCGGCACCGGUGGAGAAAUGCUGCGACGUCGUUCUUCAACUCUCUGUUCAUGUCUCCAAUCGUCGUAUACUGUUUGAUCAACCAUCCCAGAGUAUGGACCGAUCCGAUUGGUUAUUACUCGACGUUUGCUGACGCUGGCUUUGCUAUUCUUGCUGGCUACAUGGUGUACGAUACAUAUGACAUAUUGGUGCAUACUAAUAUCAAUAAGGUGUAUGGACUGAUCACACACCAUUUUAUUAUUGGUUCUUCCAUGUGUAUACUGAGUUAUGAGAAGCUAGCAAUGGGUGUUAUAUACAUCGGCCUCUUGACUGAAGUACACGCCAUCUUCCUUCACUCACGUCAGCUCCUCAUCAUGUACGGUAUCUCAAAGAGCUCCACUCUGUACAGCGUCCAUAAAUCCUUAAACCUCGUCACAUUUGUGACAUUCCGGCUAGCACCAUUACUGUUCUGUUGUUAUGGUUCCUAUACGAUGAUAAACAAAUCCUUCGUCAUUCUCUACUACGUCCUACCGUGUUUCACAUCGGCGAUCUUCUUCAUUAAUGUGGUGUUGCUGUGGCGGUUAGUUUGUAGUGACGUAUUGGUAAAAGGCGGUAAAGAACAACACAUUCUGGACGGCUGAUGAGUGGCCAACAGCGGGACUGGCAGGUUGUUUUUUUCUUGAGGUUAUUAUGGAAAUUUAUCUGAAAUGACUUUUCCUUCCCGAAUACAUGUAUUGUUUUUAUACUGAGAGGUUACAUCUGAAAUUGAAGAUGGAGUUAUAAGUCCGCACGCUUCCCCUUAACUUUGACCCAAAGGUACACAACGCGCCGUGGUCGCGGUCUAAGGAUUUUUGUACACAGAAAAUUGUUGGAACUACAAAUGUUGCACCAUAUGUUUGGCCCUAUAUAUUCAGAGAAAUGAUGAAAAGAAAGAGGAGACGGAGAAACUUUACAAAGGAAAACAGAGAUUGAAGUUUCAAUUGACUCGUUUAAACAUUGUCACUUACAUCACACAAUUAACAACGAUUGGAGAGACUUUCUACAGUGUUAUGACGCCGAUGGCUGACCCCCAAAAAGACAACUAUUUUAAGCGGGAGUUCUUCUUCAAACUGUCUUUUUCGUUGGAUCUGAUGAACAGUACGCGCUGUAGGAACCAAAACCCCGGAUGUUUACUACAAAGUCAAGCUGUUUGGGCUCAGUAAACAUGACUUUUAAUGCCCGGGCCUUAUUAUACGCUUUAUCAGCUGUCAUGUUUUUGAAAAUUAUUUUCUGUCUACGCAUCGGCAAUGAUAGAACCACGUUGCCCAAUUUCAAAGAGCUGCUCAAGCGCAAAAAGUAGUCGAGCUGCCCAACAAAAUAAUGCUUACCAGAAUAAGGUUACCAGCCAAACUACCACGUCAAAUUUACAACUUGUGACUGGUAUCCUGCUCAUGUCUGCUAAGCAGACAAUUGUUAAUGACAAUUAUUGUUUGCUUAAUAAAGGUAGCUCUAUGAACAUGAAAUUGAACCCUGACUCAUGUGAUUCGAGGCAUUGCAUGGUGAGGUAUCAAGUGAUUUGGUUGCGAUAACACCAGUGCCCAAUUUCAUAGAGCAUGUUAAGCACAUCAACUUGUUAAGCAUAAAAAAGUAUUGCUUAACAGAAACAGGUCACACGCCAAGGAUGGAUUACGUUUUGUGAAUGGUACCCCAAUCAUUUUUUGCUCAGCAAAGACAUUUGCCAAGCAUUUUUCUGCUUAACAGCUUUAUCAAAUUAAUUUGGUCCAGGUGUGAAUCUACUUGCCUGGUAGAUUUUUUUUAUUUUUUUUUUAUUUUUUUAUUUUUUUAAAGAGAAUUUUCUUCUGCUGCGGAUGACUAGAGUAAGCUAGUCGAAACGUUGAGACCAAUUUAAGAACCGACUCCGCGGUAGUGCAGUUAAUUACGAUCAUAAAAG